AAUAAAACAUCCUUGAUGACUUAUGCAGAAUUCAAAUGCGACCUCCGAAAUGAGACGCAGUUUCUGUAUUCGGACACUAGCCUACUCUUUUGGCGUACUGUUUUUCGCAUGGCAUCAUCGGCAAUUUGUAAAGAGGAAACCGAUAGCAGGGAUCUGCCAGACUCUUCAACUAGUGCACAUCUGGGUGACUGUCCAAAAGAUGAAGAUGCAGAAAAGAAGUUUGACACUGAGGCAUCCUCAAGAAAUCUUUUCAGCAACACCAAUGCAGGCCCUUUCAUUUCUGUCAACCAGAGCGGCAGUGUCCAGUUUAUCCCCUGCCAGCAGAGAUAUGAAACCUUCUCUUCCUGGCCUGGGUCUCCCAUAAUGCAGUAUGCUGUCCACUCCAGGAAUGGCACUUACAUUGUGUCUGACAAUAAGGGCCAAGCCACCCCUGGAGGUAUGUCUGCAUAUCAGAUUUCCUCUCCUGCAUCUGGCCUUUCCCAGUUGAUGGAUAGCUCACCCAGCUCUCUGCCCAGCCCUCAGAAGCUGGCUGAGGAGGCGUCACAGAAGAGGGAACUCCGACUCAUGAAAAACAGGGAAGCUGCCCGGGAAUGCCGCCGGAAGAAGAAAGAAUAUGUCAAAUGUCUCGAGAACCGAGUUGCCGUGCUUGAAAAACAAAACAAGAUGCUCAUUGAAGAACUCAAGGCUCUUAAAGACCUAUACUGUCACAAAACCGAAUAACAACGCUCCAUUACAAGCCAAACACUAAAGACUAUAUCGUUUACAGAGCUGCCACAAAUUGGCAAACGUGCUUUUCACGCAAUGCCUAGCCACCGCUCGUAAUAUUCGAUAAGAUGACAGCUGCAUGGUUGUGUUGUCCCGCGUGCGAAAGAUGGUGACGUGUGCAUGUGUGUUCGCUGGAGACCCGAGUGCUCCAAAGCCAGUCAGUGUGGUGUGUUGCCCGUGUUGCUUGUGCUUUUUGCAGGACGGCGGCCAAAGAGUACAGACGCAGACAGAAGGACUAUGUGCGGAGCUUAGAGACUCGCAUCGCCAUGAUGGAGAACCAGAAGCGGAAAAUGGCAGAAGAGCUGGACAGUCUAAAGGAAUUGUGCACUGGAAAGUCCCAUUCAUUUUAGUGGUACACUAGACUGCCGCUAUCUGAUUGAUUCUGUUCCUGUUUUACUGUAUAAUAUUGUUGCCAUAUGUGUGUUUUAUAUCUUUUGCGAAAAUUUAACAGUAGACCAGCACUAUGCUCAUUAGCCAUUUUUUUUAAUUUUAUAUUGAAAAUUGGAUAAAAUAUAUUUAAAAGUUGACAAAAAAAAAUUGGAUACAAUAUAUUUAUUAAAGUUAUCUACUUUAAGAGAAAUUUUUUUAUGUAAUUUUAAAGGACCACUUAUAUGAGUCAUUCACAAAUACACCAGCUCCAGAAUGAAUCUAGCUAGUGUAUAUUACUUAGUAAUAUACUUAGUAUACUUACUUGUGUUUAUGGCAUAUUAAUAUAGUUCAGUCACUCUUAAAAAAAUGCAAAUAAAUAAACCAAAAACUUAAAACGAUGAAAGAUUGUUUGUAAUAAAUAUAUUCUUAAAUACUUCCUGGUGGCACAGUCCUUCAAAGUUUCCAUAGAGACUAUCAGCACAGUUGUAUCUGUUUACUGUCUGAAAUAUUUACGUAGCUUUUGUUUAAAUAAAAUAUAUCUAGUUCUCAAUUUGA